UCUCUUCCAGCUCCAAAGUUCGUCGUACUUUUCUUUUAAAUUUCUUCACCGCUCCGCCAUGGAUCUAUCCACCUGAUCCGCCCUUCUUCCUCCUCCUCCUCCUUCAACGUUCCAACAAUGGCAGCAACCAAAACAGACUUUGAUCUCAGUCCAUCUCCGCAGUCUAUCUACUCGGUCGGUAACUAUACAUUUGCGGAUGUCACUAACUUGGACCAUUGCGCUAAGUAUUUGAACCAGACGCUUAUCACAUUUGGAUUUCCGGCUUCGCUCGAUCUUUUCUCGAAUGAUCCGGUGUCUAUCGCGAGGACGUGCAAUUGUAUAUAUUUCCUGCUUCAACAGAGGCAGCGUGACAUUGACUUUAGGGAAUCUGCUAAUGAACAGAGACAAAGACUACUUUUAGACAUAUCAAGAUUGGAGACUAAAGUUGAGAGGCUGGAGUCAGUAAUACAAGCUAAAGAUAGGGAGAUUGCAACAAUUACACGAACAGAAGCCAAAGCUAAGGCAGCUUUCAAAGCCCAAAUUGAUAAGCUGCAGCAGGAAAAGGAUGAGUUUCAAAGAAUGGUUAUUGGCAAUCAGCAAGUAAGAACUCAACACAUGCAUGAGAUGAAGAAGAAAGAAAAGGAGUAUAUCAAAUUGCAGGAAAGGCUAAACCAAGUUUUAAUGGAGAAAAAGAAAGAAUCUAGAUCAGGAAUGGAGAUAAUGAAUUUGCUACAGAAAGAAGGGCGACAACGUGGAACUUGGAAUGGCAAGAAGACUGAUAAUGAUUUCUAUAAAAAGAUAGUUGAUAUGAGGGAUUUCCUAAAUGCUCCAAAUGGACUGCCUAAGCAACCCCUUGCAGUUAAUGAAAGAGUUGAAAGUGAAGGUGCAAGGUUUUCCUUUGGUGGGAGGACGGAUGUUUUUGACCUUCCGUUUCAUAUGGCUAGAGAUAAGAUUGAAGAGAGCCUUAGGAAUAAGAUGGCGUCUAUAAAGGAGCGGAUGGGAGAGCUGCAAGAUGCUCAGAAAGAAUCUGAAGUUACUUCUGAAGCUACGGAGAGGGAACUUGAGUUAGAAGCACAACUUGUAGAGGCAAGGAGCAUAAUCCAGGAGCAGGCAUCAAUUAUGUCUAAACAUGCCAAGUCUGAGAGGCCAAGGAGUCUUAAGGGCCCUUUUGAUUCUGGCUGAGAAUCCAUCAUUACAGGCAAUAGAAGACAAACAAGCUCAGUGGCUGUAGAGUAUUAUAGAGUUGAGUGGCCGCAUGGGCAAGAAAACGGUAAAACCCGUCCUUUGUACAGCAAUUCUUAACCAGGUGAUUCAGUAGACCUGUUCUACUUGUUUGAAUACACACACUAAAGGCAUGUAUAACUCUAAACUUCAUUACUAAUGUAAUUAGUUUAUAACCUUCUGCCU